GAACUGAACGGAGACUAGUGAUACACAUGAGUUGUUUCGGUCUGUGCCACACAGGGAUAAAUCUGCCGUCUUUAAAGUUGCACUUCAGUCGUUUGAGUCAUUUUAGAUAUGGAUUUAACAACUGGAGUUGUGCUGUUUUUAACUGCUUUUUGGAGCUUCAAAGUUUUGAUCACCAUUCACUUGCAUUAUGAGGAAGAAAUAUCUUUGAUUGUGUUCUGCUGAAGAAUGAAAGUCAUACACAUCUGGGAUGGCAUGAGGGUGCUGUGUUGGAUCUGGCUUAUUGCACAUGUGAGUUUUCCUCCAGCAAUGAAACCCUGGCCUAUUAUGGCCUGGGGCCUAAUGCUGACCGCCAUCACCGGCUGGAUAAAAAAUGCUCAAUCAAGGGACUUUACAGAAAAAGACAUAGUUUUCCUCCAUCCCUCAACAACCCCAUAUCCAGGAGGAUUUAAAUGCUUUACUUGUGAAGAUGCAUCUGACAACUAUGAAUGCAAUCGCUGGGCUCCAGAUUUGUACUGCCCAAGAGAGAGCAGAUAUUGCUACACACAUCAUAAGAUGAUCUGGGAUGGGACCACAGUGUCAGUGACAAAGCGUUGUGUGGCACUGGAAGACUGUCUUGCAACAGGGUGCACUGAGAUAGAUCAUGAAGGAAACAAGGUGUGCACAGCCUGUUGUGAAGGGAACAUCUGUAACAUGCCCCUCCCACGAAACGAGACUGACGCCAUCUUUGCCACCACAUCCCCCAUUAAUAAAAGCAUGCGACCGGCAAAGAGUCAUAUGCUGCUGCUUUCUUUCUGUAUCAUCAGCCUGACGCUCCACAGUAUUAACUGAGAGAGUUGCCCAUAGUGGAAUAAAUCUUAAUGGCAGUACCUUUGGAAAUCAUUUGAUGACAGCUGACUUUUUGAGGACAGCUGUGGGCUUCACUUUUCUCAACAUGAAGUGUUAAUUGAUUGACUUAAGAAUAAGUUUUUAUGAUUCUUAUACUAAUGUUACUCCAUUUUCUAUAUCUGCUUAUCCUAUGUAGGGUCGCAGAGAGUGCUGGAGCCUAUCCCAGCUACCUCGGGUCAUAGGCAGGGAAACACCCUGGACAGAUGGUUAGUCCAUCGCAGGGCUAACACACAGACAAACACAUUCACACUCUCACUCACACCUAUGGGAAAUUUAGAGUUUUCAGUUCACUUAAACUGCAUGUUUUUGGACUGCGGGGGAUACCAGAGCAUCUGGAAGCACACACGCGAACACAGGGAAAACAUAAAAACUCAAGGACUUGGGCCUACUUGCUGUGAGUGCUAACAGCUGGGCCACCAUGCCACCUAUACUAUGAAAAAAUAUAGUCCAGGAUAGGGACUAAAAACAAAAUGUUUAUCCUUUUGUUUCAUUCUGAGCUGAAACAGUAUUUUUUCAUUCUGGUUUCCGGUGCUCCAAGGCCUCCAUCCAAGGCCUGGUUACCGGUUAAAAAGAAAUAAAAGAACGGUUAAUAAUGUUCUUUUUAAAAUGGCAGUACUCUAUGCUAAGAGAAACAAGAUCAAAAUAAGGGACUUGCCUCACCCAAAAUAAUUGAAAAUAAGUGAUUAUAUUUUUUGUAAUUAUCAGCAUAGAAAUUAUAAUAUGCAUAGUAUACUGUAUAGUAGUUUAGAUCAAAUAAUGAAUUUUCAAUAAUAUUAAAUAUCCCAAAAAAUAUUUCAAAUGUACAUCUGACCAUCUAAAAUCAAUUACCGUUCUUCUUCUUUCGGCUGCUCCCGUUAGGGGUCGACACAGCGGACCAUCCGUGAUCCACAUAUUUGACUUGGCACAGGUUUUACGCCGUAUGCCCUUCCUGACGCAAACCCCAGUGGCUGGGGGAUUCUCCCUCACACCUACGGGGCAAUUUAGAGUUUUCAAUUCACUUAAUAUGAAUGUUUUUGGACUUGUGGGGUUAACCGGAGCACCCGGAGGAAACCCAUGCGAACACAGGGAGAACAUGCAAACUCCACACAGAAAGCCCCUGUUGAGCCGGGACUCGAACCUGGGACCUUCUUGCUGUGAGGCCUAAAAUCAAUUACCGUUAAUAGCCUAGAUUUCUCUGUUCUGCAUGCGCAAACUGCAUUUGGACUAAAUGUAAUUGUACCCCCUGAGUGCGCCAGCACAGACCAUGUUCUUCUGGAGCUAAUAAAGUACUAGAACUAGCAUUGGGGUAAAACAGAAGGGAGGACACAUUCAUCACUCUUGGCUCUUAUAUGUCUGUUCUAAUGCAUCAUAUCUAACAAUAAUUCAGUGAAGACUUGAAAACAACUGAGAAAUGAAUUUUUACGUCUAAUAUUUUUUUCAUCGUGCCUGUAUAGUGUAUGUAGUAGUUAUAUAUAUUUGUUAAGAAAGGUCUUCAACUUGAAGGCUAAAUCCUCAAUGUGCAAUUAGGAAUAGAAAUGUGUUAUGCAGCGUUUUUCUUCAGAACCAAAGCAUAUGCUGAUGUUCUACUAAAAAGAGAGAGGCCUAAUUUUUUCAGUCUACAGAAAGUGGAGUAAUUCUGAAAAUUUAUUGCGAUAAACCCUUUGGUCUUUAUUUUCAUGAAAAAAAUUUCGGAAUAAAAUUAACCAGUUACUAUCAUUAAAAUAAAGUAACAUUUUCUCUUCGGAACAACUGAAAAGGACUUUGCUCCCAUUUUGGGUUAUGUUCCACACAAAAAAAAUGUAUCGGUUUAUGAUUUUUGUUUUCGUUCCUCUGACGUUUUUUAGUCUGUGGUCCAGGAUGCAAUACUGUAAUACUUCUUUACAACCAGCUUCAAAAAUAUGGGUUGAAAACCAAAGUUUUUGAAGUCAUUUCCUUCAGCCUGUGUGGACUUGACUAGCAGGCUCUGAAUUUUACCAUGAUGUACACAGGAAAAGAAGAGUUGGGGUGGGAAGUGAGAUAUUUAUGGCAAAACUGAAACAAAACUGCACAAUUUUGUUUUUAAUCAAUGUUAUUCGUGUUUUAUACAUUUGUAAAGAUAUAUUUAUUUUUAUAUUCGUUUUUUGUAGGAGACUGAGCAUAAAUUUAGGAGUCAAGCUAACUUUCCACCCAAAACAGGUAACUCCUCUCAUCAUUGUUUUCAUAUGGUUAGAGUAUUUUGGUCAACAUGGGGAAAGGGCUUGGCACCUAGGAAACAAGCUCAACAUUUCAUCUAGAAACAGUAUGGAAAAAAGUGCUUCCUCACUCCUAUAAAAAGAACAUUCUAUUUUAGUUUUUGCACUCUUGUUUGUUCCUGUUUCAUAUUGCAACAUAAUCUUAAAGCACUUGUGUACAGAUUUUUGUCAUGUGGAUGCGUUUAGUGACUUUUGAAGAAUUUCUAAUUACCUAAUUCCUCAUUAGCAUUGGGCCUUCACAAUAUAGCCUACAGUGAAGGGCUUUGUUAUUAUAAUGUAUGUUCCUAAAACACAUUUGUCAAUCCAUUGUUCUGUGCUUUAACAUUUCCUAAUCAUGAUUCUUGGCUGACAAUGCCAUCAGUAAAAAAGUGUUGAGUUUGCAGCUACAGUGUUAUUAUUAUUAUUUUUUCUGGCUUUAUGAUUUAUUUAGGCAAUCUGCCCAGCUGAAAAAUCGAUUUCCUGUCUUGCUUUGUCUUCUGUUGAGAUAUGAAAAGUAUUGUAGCAUUCACUGAAAUCAGUUUGUUUCACUUCAGUAAAAUUUAAGGGCAUGGUGAUCACAGAAGGGCUAAAAAUCUAGUGUAUUUACUCAGGUAAUUACGGACCACCUAGUGCCAGUUAACUAAUGAACAGAACAGCUUUAACCUGAGUAGACCCAGCCAAACUAUUUGAAGGUUAACUGAGGUUUUAUGAAUAAAUAUUUUCUCAGAAUGUGCUGAUUUAAAAUCAGCUCUCCUUAGCUCAUGAUUAUGUACAUAAAAAGAUCAGUUUUCAUCCGUUUUUACUCUCAUCUCAAAUGUAACAAAAUAAUAAUAAUAAUAAUAAUAAUAAUAGGACUUGUAAUGAGUUUGCAUGAUCUUUUUCUACUUAAAAAAGUGGGACUACUGCAUGUCAACAUGUGCCAAGACUUGUAAAUGUAGAUAUUUUUUUCUAUGCUUGUUUGGAAUAUUCCUGUAUAUUCUUGUGUAUAUAAGUUUGGAUGUGCUUUGUAUUGUCAAGCUAAAGAUAAGUAUGUUUUAAAUCACACAUUUGGAGUAAUUUUUUAACACCUGUGGUUGUUUCUUACUUGUGUUGUAAUGUAUUAAAUUUCAAUCCAGAACAUUUACCAUUGUUUUGUUUACUGAUAUUAAAAAUGGAUCUCGAAAGUGAACUUUGUUUUGGCUACAUUGUACAGAAUCAUGUUUCAAGAAGAAACACAAAUGAGUUUGUGCAUGUUCUCACAAUGAAUGUUGCCAAAUAAUAGACAUGCUAUAUGAGUCAAGCAAUAGAUAUUUGGUUUUUUCUUUUUUUAUUCUUUUUUUUUCACACAAUCUCUUUGUACACUACUGUAGAUUUUCCACCCAGAAGGACAAACCUAAAAUUUCUAAAUUUGUCUUGUGCUUUUUCUUUUUACUUUUGUGCCUACAGUUAACCACUCUAAGUUCAUAACUGUGCUAAAUAACAUUAAAAAACAUUAAUCAGGAUGAUGAGUGAUCUGAAGAGCUAAAUGGGAAAAUCCCAGAGUGCUGGUUUAAGGGCCAGAUUUGGAACGAAAUGAGUGUGAGUAAAUAAUGACAAGAUUUACAUUUUUUGGAUGACUUUCCCUUUAAGUCAGAGCUGAAAUAAGCUGAUUAUUGUGGCUUUACUGACUCCAAUGGCACAUAUCACUCACAUUUAACUUUUAAUUAUCUAGAGAGGUUUAUAUCUUAUUUUGUUGGUCUUCAGAUUUAUGAUGUAUUUAUGGCUUUUUGAAAUGUAGCAGGAAAGAGGAAACUCCUAUUAAGCCUAAUGCCAGAGGUCAAAGGUGAAAACCCUGCAGCCUUUUGGUCAUUUGUGUCACAGAUGGACUACAGGUUAAAAAUGAAGUCGGUUUUAGUCAGUUAUGAGGGUGUUAACAAUCUGCUAUUGUGACAGUAGAAACCUGGAUUUUCAAUGGCCUUUUAACAUAGGAGUGGCUUCAUAAGAGGACAUGAGUGGAGGACAAAGAAUAAAACAGAACAGCAGCCGGCCAGAGGAGGCAAUCCCUUCAAAAACCUUGACCAGGAAGUUUUUCAUGUUUUCUUUUUAAUGGCAUUAUCUUACAUAACUUUUCUACAAACAAA